AUGGUGCACGCACAUGCGCAUCGCGAUCUCCACGCUGCCCUUGAGGAGCGAAGCCUCGAGGAACGAGAUCCCAAGAAUGAAGCCGUGACCAUCGUCUAUGUGACGGCAUCUGCCACCUUUGACGGUCCUAUCGGCGGCUACGUAACGGGCACAGAUCCGGCGUCAACGGCGACACAGCAGAAUCAGGGUGUCGGCGCUCCUGUUGGAAAGACGCGAACUUCGUCCACUGAGGACGCAACGACGACGGCCGAAGCGAAGCCGAAAACGACCCAAGAGGCAAAGACAACUACCAAAGGAACUAAGCCUACAACCACCGAAGCAGACCCCACGACCACCGAACAUACCACCAAGGCGACCCAGGCGAUCACCACGGACCAGACCACGGACACGACGACUCCGACCACCUUCUCCACGGCCACCUCCGGCUCGACUUCGUCGUUGACUAUCCCAGGCUUGGAUAGUACCUCUGCAUCGUCGUCUCUGGAACAAUCGGCUUCAGCAUCGGCCACUUCAGUUUCUGCGGGUUCGAGCUCGGGACUUACCGGUGGUGCAAAAGCGGGUAUUGCAAUUGGUGUGAUUCUUGGACUUGGUUUGAUCGCGGGUUUCAUCUUCUUCUGCAUGCGCAAGAGGAAGCAAGGUCGACAAAUGGCAGAGGCCGAAGCUGCAAACGAGAAAUCCUAUGGAGCCGAUAACAUGGUUCCGCCUGGACCUCCGCCAAAACCCCAACCGAUGACCCCGUCUGACCCUCCCCAACUCAACGUUCGCCCUAUCACUCAGUUUGCACCGGAUCUGACCCCUAGCAGCAACGCUAUGGCCGCUCUCGCUGUCGGUGGUGCUGGUGCUACACUUGGUGUCGCUGCAGCUGGAUCGCGUAACCUGACCGGCAAUCCCUCGCCGCCCCAUACGCCACAGUCAAGCGUCAGUAGGACGGAUCCGUUCCGCGACCCAGUGAAUCCCUUUGGCAACCAGGCAGAAGCUUCUUCCCCCGUUGCAGCCACAGGUCCACCAAGUCCCUCGGCGGUCCCUCUUCCUCAAUCUCCCCUGGCACCGACUGCACCGGCACCGAGCGAUUACAACGCUCUUGGAGCUGCUGCUACCGGAGCCGCAGUCGCUGGUGCUGUUGCUGCCGCUGCCGCCGCCAAACCCUCCGACAAGGACCUGCCCAGCCGCCCAGAAAGCUCGUCGUCCCAAGCAUCGUCGGUUCCCGAAGGCUCGGCUCAAAGUCCCGUAAGCGCCGUUGGCGCUGAUUCCGCAUCGAUCGCCUCUGCUACUGCGGUUACUGCUGUCCCAGCUUUCGGACCCGGCGGUGCUGCUAGCCCUGCUCCCGGGCCAACCAAUGUUCAUCGCGUGCAAAUGGAUUUCAAGCCUUCAAUGGAGGAUGAGUUGGAGCUCCACGCCGGUCAGCUUGUUCGACUUUUGCACGAGUACGACGACGGUUGGGCUCUCUGCGUCAGACUCGAUCGCUCGCAGCAAGGAGUGGUUCCCCGGUCUUGUCUUUCUGCCCGCCCCGUGAAGCCUCGAACCCGUCCGCCCCCAGGAGCUGGUCCGGGCCCCGGGCCCCGCGGGCCGCCACCACCGCCAAUGAUGGGACCCAACGGCCCUCGCGGGCCUCCCCCUCCUGGACCUCCUGGGCCCAUGGGACCACCACCUCCUCGCUUCUAUCCUCAAGAUCCCCGCCCACGGUCACCCUCGGCCCCGCGCCCAAUGUCCCCAGCUCAACACCCUCAUGGCGGAGCUCCGUCCCCACGCCCGUAUCCCCAGCGUCCAAUGUCUCCUGCACAGUUUCCUCCCGCCCCGCGAUCGUUCUCUCCCGGUCCCGGUAGCCGGCCGAUGCCGCCAAGAUCCAUGAGUCCCGGACCUUACGGACUUCCAGGGUUGCAGAGGCCGGAGAUGCCAGCGAGCCAGCGGAAACGUAGCAACAGUGCAGGUGGGGCGGUUGGACCUAUUCCUCGUACGGCAGGAUCACCAGGACCAAGCCCCUUGGCCGGGCCAAUGAUGCCACCUCCGUCCGGUGCACUCCCGGCGAUUCCCACUCCGCCGCCGCCGCAAGCACUAGUUCGAGAAGACCAUGCAUGA